UAAUUUAAUAUAUUAGAUUUAUCAAUGAAAUAAUUGAAUAUUAUGGGAGCUUUUCUGGAUAAACCCAAGACGGAUAAAAAGAAUGAAAAGGGAGGAAAUAGUGCAUUCAAGUUUGCAACAAGUUCCAUGCAAGGAUGGCGUGUGGAUAUGGAAGACAGUCAUUCAGCUAAAGUAGGCUUACCUUCACUACCACAAUGGUCAUUUUUCGCAGUAUUUGAUGGCCAUGCUGGCUCUAAAAUAGCCGAGUAUUCAUCUCACCAUCUCAUUGAACAUGUCCUGUCGCAUAAAAAGUUUGAAAAUUUUAUAAAUAACGGAGAGAAAGGUGGAGAAAUGCCUGAUGAGGAUGUCAAAGAAGCCAUUCGAGAUGGAUUCCUUAAUCUUGACCUAAAAAUGCGUGAGAUUUCGUCGACUAGAAAUGACAACGAUAGAAGCGGUUCUACUGCAACAUGUGUGCUAAUAUCUCCACAAAAAUAUUACUUUGUGAAUUGUGGGGAUUCCAGAUCAUUGUUAUGUAGAGAUUCUAAAGUUCAUUUUUCAACAGAAGAUCACAAGCCUAAUAAUCCUCUCGAAAAAGAAAGAAUUCUCAAUGCUGGUGGAAGUGUGAUGAUUCAACGAGUAAAUGGUUCUCUCGCAGUUUCUAGAGCACUGGGUGAUUAUGAAUAUAAGAAUGUAGAGAGUAAGGGUCCCACAGAACAACUUGUCUCUCCUGACCCUGAAAUCUCAGUGGUAGAAAGGCACGAAACGGAUCAGUUCAUUGUUCUGGCAUGUGAUGGAAUAUUCGAUGUAUCUAGUAAUGACGAGCUUUCUGACUUUAUAAUAUCUAGGAUGGAAAUUUGUGAUGAUCUAGUUAAAGUCUGCAACAGUGUCGUUGAUACAAGUUUGAACAAGGGGAGUCGAGAUAACAUGACAUUGAUAAUUUUGGCAUUUCCUUCGGCACCGAAGAGCAAUUCUGAAGCAAAGAAAAGAGAGGAAGAAAUGGAGGAAAAAUUGAAAAACCUAGUUAAAGAAAUAUGCAGUGAGGUGAAGGAUGAACCAUUAGAAAUUGGAGGAUUAAUGCAAACAGUAGCAAAUCGUCAACAUGAAAUCAAAAAUCUUCCCCCAGGUGGAGGUGUAUAUGCAAAGCGAUUCCUCAUUGAAAGCGUUUUUAAAGAAGUCUACACUGGUAAAACUGCUUCUGAGGACUCAUAAUUGAGAUUUAUGAAUUGAACUUUUUGAUAUGUAUUAUAAUUUUUGCUAUUGUUCCUGGUGGAAUGACGCAAGAGUUAGAGCCACCCCGCUAUCAAGUGGGUCCAAGUCGCAUUCUUUCAUCGAAGUGAUGCGGUAGAAGAUCCUAGCUAAUCUGUGGAAUAUAAUUCAAAUCUGAAGGAAACUUCAAACAGCUAUUUUAUCAAUUAUAAGCACUAACUAGUAAACCAUCAUCCCUGGAUAAACUUGUUGCUGUUCCGAAACAACUUGGAAGAUUUCGAAACUAACAGAAAUUACAACUUAAAAAAACUACUUUCUUAUUUUUAUCACUGUAAUUUCCAGUUGUUUCUGUUGUAAUUAGAAAUAGAACCUCGAAUAGGAUCUGUGAAGCAGUAUUUUCUUGUAAUUUAAAAAACUUUCUUAGCUAUCAACUCAAAAAUUAAUUUGUCGACACAUAUCCAGUAUUUUAUGCUACUGAGCACAGGUUGUGCUUGUAAUAUAAAUAUGUACUUACUCUAUAUGUAUGAUUUGGCUGAUACCUUCAUGAACGUUUUGAAAUAUUGUAAAAAUGUACUACAGUAGUGUGAAAAUGAUUUUGAUUAUUUGUUGAGGCUACAAAAUACUCUAUUUUUUAAGUCGCUUUUAUUUUACUGUUUCCAUUUAUGGAUGUCGUGUUGACCGUUGAUGAUUUAAUUUCUCGUCCAUUACUAUUCGUCGUUGGCGUUAUUUCUUCUCAUUUUACGACUGACUGAUUAUCUAUCCUUGUGUGUAGUAGUUGCAGCAGCAUGUAAUUUUCAUUUUGUAUUUGCUAACUGCCUUGUUUUCUACUACGAUUAUCGUUCAUGAUUUUAUGUCUCCCUCCACCAUAGCUGAUGAAACGUCUUGAAAAACACGAUGUUGUCGUGGGUUUUAUAAUUAUUAUUAUAAAAUUAAAUAUACAUAUUCAUAUCAAUUUUCAUAAUGAUGAAUGGGAUUUAUUUUUAUUUUGGUGGAUUGUCAUUCAUGUUCAUAACGAUUUGAACUUUUUAACGAUUUAAUAUUCUUCGUAUCAGAACAAAUUUAUAGUUUCCACAACCAUAAGACCCACACCCAAUUGUGAUAGCUUUUUUGGAAAAAUUCUGGAGAACUUCUCCGUCAUGGCCUGAAUUUAUAUUUUGGAAUGAAUUCUAUAAUUUCACACGGUUACAAUACAACAAAAAAGAAUAUUUAUUAAAAGGAGUUUUUAGUCGGUGAUGUUAGAACUAAUAGAAAAUUAGGACUGUUUGAAAGAAUUCUUUCUAUCCUGUGCUAAGAUGAAACAUAUAUAAUAUUCAUCAAAUGUCUUUUAGUCUAAAACAUUCGAAAGACAUUUGGUUCAGUGGAAUUCUAGUUCUUCUGAAAUCCUAGCAGUCCUUCCUUAUGAAUUCUGAGAGAUUAACUAGUCUAUCUUUGGUUACUGCCAGUCACUUACAGGCUGGUAAUGAAAUAAAUUGAUAUGAAUUACAUUCUAUGAAAGGGAUGGUGAACUUUUUUUAAUACAUGGGUCAAAAACUAUAUUUUCAUUAUGGAAAAAAAUACAUAGGUCAUACAUAUUAAUACAAUGUUUGCCCCAAA